CGAUAUGAUAAAUAGGCUGUAAAGCGCCACUUUAAUGCCGGUGUUGGAACGAAAUAGAAAUAUAGCCUCUACAUAUCGGAGCAAAUUCCAAUAUUUGUUGUGUUUUUUUCUUCGAAAAAUGUAUGUAUGAUAACUUUUCAGUAAUUAUUAACAAAUUCUAUUUUUGCAAAAAUAAUGGUUAAAACUGAUACUCAACAAGAUAAUAAAGUUAAUCAAUCAGACAAUAAAUCAGAAGUAUCAAAUGAAAAAAGUGAUGAGACUCCUGAACUCCGUGAAAAUGAAUGGAUGAUAAGACCUUGUGAUCAAUAUAAAUAUGAGUACAAAGAUUGUCGAUCAUUCCUUGGUCGUUUUUAUCAAUAUUACAUAGAUGGUGGAAAUCAUGUUUGUCAACAAUGGAAAACAGAUUAUGAAAAUUGUAAAAAAUGGAAAAAAAAUCAAGAUGAAGAAGCUUUUAAUUGUUUAGUAGAAAGUGAAAAGAUGCAUCGACUUGCUCGUUGGAAAGGACAUUUAAAUAAUGAUGUAUGGGAGCGUCGGCAAAAUCCACCUUCCGAUUGGAAUGACCCAUUACCAGAUUAUUUAAAUGAACGUAAUCAAGGAACAUAUCUUGCUUUAAAACAGCAAGCACUUAAAGAAGGAAUUAAUGAUGAUUUAGAUUUAUAUAUACCUCAAAGUUGUGUAAUUAUGUAAUAGUUUCAAACAUUGAUAGAAAUGAUAAAUGAAAACAGUUAUUGUACUGCUAA